CUGGCUUUUGUUUCCGAUCCGGUGUUCAAGCAAGUUGAGAAACAAAAGGCUUAGAAGCCUGGCUCAAGUCCGGGGCUUGGUGCUGGCACAAGUUGUGGUAGCCAUCGCGGCGUUCGUUGCGAUACCGCCAGAAGUGUUCGACUGCACUUGUUGGUCCCAUCAGCGUGCCAGUUGCCAAGAUGGCGGCCACUUCAGGUAUUGCAAAUCUGUCUACUCUCACCCAGAGGCUCGAGGCAGCGACAUCCCGACUUGAGGACCUCGCGCAAAUUCAUGGAGACCGUCUACUUGGUGGUGCGCUCUGUGCCCUUGGUGUAGCAGGCACAGCCGUUGCUGGAGGAGUGCCACAGCCUCCUCCCUUUCCUCCCUCCGCGCCCACAGCAGAGGAGCUGCCUCCGGCGGUGGAGGCAUGGGAUGAACAGAUUACCCCGGCGCUCUCUGCGUACACCUCACUCAGCUUCCAGCUUGGAGAUCUCAUCGCAGACCAGGCAAAAAGCGUACAAGAAGCGUUUGAAGCGCAACGACACAUUGUUUUGCUUGCUGCAUCAUCAGCUAAGCCUGGCAAUGGCGGCCUGCAGAGCCCGACCUUUGCCAAGAUCGUCGAACCCCUACAAAAAGCGCUGAUGGCUGUGACAGAGAUUCGCGAAAAGAAUAGGGCACAAAAGAAAAUAUUCAACCACCUCAGUGCCGUCUCUGAAGGUAUUCCCGCUGCAGGAUGGGUUGCCAUUGAGCCCAAACCAGCGCCCUUCGUCGGUGAGAUGAAGGACAGCGCACAAUUCUACCUCAAUCGAGUGAUCAAUGACUUCAAGAAUCAAGACAAAACCCAUGUGGAAUGGUGCCGCAGCGUUUCAAAACUACUUCAGACGCUGCAAGACUAUGUCGAAGAUAAGCACACCGUCGGACUAAUGUGGAAUCCAAAGGGAGGAGAUGCUGCAAGCUUUGCAGGAAGACCCCCAGGUACGCCUCCCGCCCCUCCAGCUGCGCCACCGGCACCCGCACCGCCGAGCAUGUUAGCUGGCGGCGGGAUGGAGGCUGUCUUUGGUCAACUGAACCAGGGUGAAGGCAUCACCAAGUCCCUGAAGAAGGUUGAUCCAAGUCAAAUGACCCACAAGAAUCCAUCACUGCGCACAAAGGAUGAGCCGGUAGCUACAUCGCCAAAGUCGAGCGGACCGCCAAAGAUCCCAUCCAAGCCGGAGUCGCUUCGGACAAAAAAGCCUGCGAAGACUCAGCUUGAUGGUACCAAGUGGAUGAUCGAGAACUACGAAGACAAUCGGAGCAUUGUCAUCGAACAGACUGAGAUUAGUCAUACAGUCAACAUCUUCAACUGCAAGAACUCGAUUAUUCAGAUCAAGGGCAAGGUGAAUGCGGUCUCCAUGGUAUCCUGCUCAAAGACAUCUGUUCUCGUAGACUCGCUCGUCUCUUCGCUAUCGGUCACUUCAUCCCCCUCUUUUGUCGUUCAAGUCACUGGCAAGGUUCCAACUGUCCUGAUCGACGCUACCGACAGCGGCCUGUUGUACCUGUCCAAGGAGAGUCUCGACGCUGAGAUCAUCACGGCCAAGUGCUCUGCUAUCAACAUAAGUGUCCCGCUGCAAGGUGGCGAGGACGGCGAAUUUAUCGAGCAUGCGUUGCCAGAGCAGAUGAAGCACACGUUCCAGCAGGACGGCAAAUUCAAGACGGAGAUCAUUGCCCACACCGGCUGAGGCAUCUCCGGAUGAAUGUGGUCCUCUCGGGGACGAGAUCGUAAUGAGAAAGAUGAGCGUGUGAAUUGCAUGCAAGUGACCUGGCAGUUUGAUAACC